UUUCUCUUUCCUAAUCCUGACAUUAUCCUGUGUGCUUCCUGCAGAUAUAAAUGAAUGUGAAUCUGCCCCCUGCAAGAAUGGUGGAAUCUGUACAGAUCUCAUUGCCAACUAUUCCUGUGAAUGUCCAGGUGAAUUUAUGGGACGAAACUGCCAACAGAAAUGCUCUGCCCCACUAGGGAUAGAGGGAGGAAUUGUGACAAACCAACAAAUGACUGCAUCAUCCACUCAUCGAGCUCUUUUUGGACUCCAGAAAUGGUACCCCUACUAUGCACGACUUAAUAAGAAGGGGUUUGUGAAUGCUUGGACUGCUGCAGAAAAUGACAGAUGGCCAUGGAUUCAGAUAAAUCUGCAGAAGAAGAUGCGAGUCACCGGAGUUAUAACUCAAGGUGCCAAGAGAGUUGGAAGUCCAGAAUAUGUAAAAUCUUACAAGAUCGCAUACAGUAAUAAUGGGAAGUCAUGGACAAUGUACAAAGUAAAAGGCAAAAAUGAAGAUAUGGUGUUUCGUGGAAACGUGGACAACAUCACCCCAUACGCUAACUACUUCACCCCUCCAAUUAAGGCGCAGUACAUACGGCUGUAUCCUCAGGUGUGCAGAAGACACUGCACACUGAGAAUGGAACUUAUUGGCUGCGAACUGUCAGGUUGCUCUGAACCCUUAGGGAUGAAAUCAGGACACAUUCAAGACUACCAGAUUUCUGCCUCUAGUGUUUUCAAUACCCUCAACAUGGAUAUGUUCUCUUGGGAGGCCAGGAAAGCCCGGCUGGACAGACAAGGAAAAGUUAAUGCCUGGACCUCUGGCUACAAUGACCAGUCACAGUGGUUGCAG